CGUCAAAUAGUUUUCAGUGGAAAUCAGCCGUGUAGUUUAGUAAACGUUUUCAUUUAUUCCUAUUUUAUCAACUCCGUAAUUUUAAAGAAAAGAAAAUCUAGGAAGACGUCGAUAUGGUCAACGACAAAAGGCGCCGUUCGCAUUCAAGGGAACGUCGAGAUAGAGACCGAGACAGGGAUCGUGAACGUGAGCGUGAUAGGGAUUAUGAGCGGGAACGUGACCGAGAUCGUGGUCGCGACCGGGAACGGGAGAAAGAACGUAUUAGACCUCGUUCCAGGUCGCGAGGAAGAGAUCGAGAUAAGCCCAUCGACAAACGUCGUAUAGAAGAGAAAGUAAAAGAUGAAAAGGAGGAGAAAAAACCUAACAUCAAAGAAGAUUUAGAAUUGGAAGAGCUCAAAUUGAACGAUGAUAAAAGCAAAUCUAUUAAAAAGGAACCGCUUUCACUUGAGGAGCUACUUGAGAAAAAGAAAAAAGAAGAGGAGACAAGAAGCAAACCUGUGUUCCUUACAAAAGAACAAAGAGCAGCGGAGGCCUUGAAACGUCGUCAGGAAGAGGUGGCUGCAAUGCGUAGUGCUCAAAGCGCUGCAACUGCUGCAGCAAUUGCUGGAACCGAUAACGCCAAUAAUGGGAUGUCACUCACACAACUUAAAAAUGAAAGAAUGGAUCGCAAAGACCGUGAACGGGAAUAUGAUCGUCGUGAUCGGGAAAAAGGUAGAGAUCGGGAACGAGAUCGAGAUAGGGAUCGUGAGAGAGAUAGAGACAAGGACAGGGACAGAGAUAGCAAACGCGCUGAAGAUCUGACACACAAGGAUAAAGAAAAAGAAUUGGAAGCGAUACGAGAACGCUAUUUGGGCAUUAUAAAGAAGAAACGACGCGUACGUAGACUUAAUGACCGUAAAUUUGUGUUCGAUUGGGAUGCUGGAGAAGACACCUCCAUUGAUUAUAACAACUUAUAUAAAGAACGGCACCACGUGCAAUUUUUCGGUCGUGGUAAUGUUGCUGGAAUUGAUAUCAAAGAGCAGAAGCGCACACAGAGUAAGUUUUAUGGAGAUUUAUUAGAGAAACGACGAACAGAAGCCGAGAAGGAACAAGAGAAGGUGCGGCUAAAAAAGGUUAAACGUAAAGAAGAUAAGCAAAAGUGGGAUGAUCGUCACUGGUCUGAAAAGGCGCACGAUGAGAUGACCGAACGCGAUUGGCGUAUUUUCAGAGAAGAUUACAAUAUCACCAUUAAAGGUGGUAAGAUUCCCAAUCCCAUACGAAGUUGGGCAGAAUCAGGUUUUCCUAAGGAAAUUAUUGAAAUUAUCGAUAAAGUUGGCUAUAAAGAACCCACACCCAUUCAAAGACAAGCUAUACCGAUUGGUUUGCAAAAUCGCGAUAUUAUUGGCGUCGCAGAAACUGGUUCUGGUAAAACUCUAGCUUUUCUUAUACCGCUGUUAUCGUGGAUACAAUCACUACCAAAAAUAGAGCGACUCGAAGAUGCAGAUCAAGGACCAUAUGCUAUCAUAAUGGCACCUACACGCGAGUUGGCACAACAAAUAGAAGAAGAAACCAUUAAGUUUGGUCAACCACUGGGCAUACGUACGGUGGUUGUUGUGGGUGGUCUUUCGCGAGAAGAGCAAGGUUUCCGUCUACGUUUGGGUUGUGAAAUUGUUAUUGCGACACCUGGUCGUUUGAUCGAUGUGUUGGAGAACCGAUACCUCGUAUUGAGUCAGUGUACAUAUAUUGUGUUGGACGAAGCAGAUCGUAUGAUUGACAUGGGUUUCGAACCCGAUGUGCAAAAGAUUCUUGAAUACAUGCCGGUUACAAAUUUGAAGCCCGACAGCGAGGAAGCCGAAGAUGCGAGUAAAUUGAUGGAAAACUUCUACUCAAAAAAGAAAUACAGACAAACUGUCAUGUUUACGGCAACUAUGCCUCCGGCUGUAGAACGCUUGGCACGUUCAUAUUUACGCCGACCGGCGACUGUGUACAUUGGCUCUGUAGGCAAGCCAACCGAACGUACCGAGCAAAUCGUGUUCAUGAUGGGCGAGCACGAUAAGCGUAAGAAAUUGAUGGAAAUACUCUCCAAAGGCAUCGAACCGCCAGUCAUCAUUUUCGUCAAUCAAAAGAAGGGUGCCGAUGUCUUGGCCAAAGGUUUGGAGAAAUUGGGCUACAAUUCGUGCACACUUCACGGUGGCAAAGGCCAAGAACAGCGUGAAUAUGCGCUUGCCGCACUUAAGUCCGGUGCCAAAGACAUGUUGGUCGCCACAGAUGUCGCUGGUCGUGGUAUCGACAUCAAAGAUGUGUCUCUAGUCAUCAAUUAUGACAUGGCGAAAACAAUUGAGGAUUACACACAUCGUAUUGGACGUACAGGACGUGCCGGCAAGAAUGGUGUGGCGAUUUCGUUUGUUACCAAAGAUGAUAGUGCGCUCUUUUAUGAUCUUAAGCAAUGUGUUAUGGCCAGUCCGGUGUCGAUUUGCCCACCAGAACUCAUGAAUCACCCAGAUGCACAACACAAACCGGGCACCGUGGUCACAAAGAAGAGACGAGAGGAGAAAAUAUUCGCUUAAGUUAAGAGACCACACAGAUAAACUGUAGUACAUACUAAACAUUUCGUCAGCCGUUUUUAAAUAAAUUAAGUGUCAACUAAUGGUGUUUAAUGCAAGACAUUGAACGCACAGAUUACAAAAAUAUAA